CCUACCACCACCACCACCCCCAGUAAAGGGCGCGCGCGGGGCCGGGGACGCCGCGGGGCCCCACCGCCUCCCUCGCCACGACCCCGGAUGGAUGCGCGCCCCCCGCCCUCCCGCGCCGGCCCCAGGAGCUCCUGGUUUCGGGAGCAUCCUUCCCGCGCCGGCCCCCGCCGCGGCGCGUAGCGGAGGGCAGCGCCCCUCGGGAAGGGCCACGGCGGAGCCAGGCUUGGCCAGAGUGCCAGCUUCCUUCUCUGAAGAAGAGAUCAGCAGGAGCCAGCAGAUGCCAAUGGGCAGCCAGAUAUGGAAGCGAGCGGACCAAACUUUUCCCUCUCUGAGAUGAAGAGCAGGAUGGAAGAGAAGAGGCGAAAAUACUCCAUCAGCAGCGACAACUCGGACACCACUGACAGUCAUGCUACAUCUGCAUCAGCAUCUGCAUCCGUGUCUGCAUCAGGCUCAAGAUGCUCCAAGUUGCCCAGCAGUACCAAGUCGGGCUGGCCCCGGCAGAACGAGAAGAAGCCUUCCGAGGUUUUCCGGACCGACUUGAUUACAGCUAUGAAGAUCCCAGAUUCAUACCAGCUCAGCCCAGAUGAUUAUUACAUCCUGGCAGACCCAUGGCGACAGGAAUGGGAGAAAGGUGUGCAGGUUCCUGCUGGGGCCGAAGCUAUUCCAGAGCCUGUGGUGAGGCUCCUCCCACCCUUGGAAGGCCCCUCUACAUCCUCAAGCAACUCUGCACUUGGUGAGGGCUCCCAGCCUGCCUGGACUAGCCGCUAUGACCUGGAUGAGAUUGAUGUCUAUUGGCUGGAAAUCCUCAACUCAGAGCUCAAGUUGAUGGAGAGACCUGAGCUGGAUGAGCUGACUUUAGAGCGUGUGCUGGAAGAGCUGGAGACAUUGUGCCACCAGAAUAUGACACGAGCCAUUGAGACACAGGAGGGGCUGGGCAUCGAGUACGACGAGGACGUCGUAUGUGAUGUGUGUCGCUCUCCUGAGGGUGAGGACGGCAACGAGAUGGUCUUCUGUGACAAAUGCAACGUCUGUGUCCACCAGGCAUGCUACGGGAUCCUCAAGGUGCCUACGGGGAGCUGGCUGUGCCGGACGUGUGCCCUGGGAGUCCAGCCAAAGUGCCUGCUCUGCCCCAAGCGAGGAGGAGCCCUGAAGCCCACUAGAAGUGGGACCAAGUGGGUGCACGUCAGCUGCGCCCUGUGGAUUCCUGAGGUCAGCAUCGGCUGCCCAGAGAAGAUGGAGCCCAUCACCAAGAUCUCACAUAUUCCAGCCAGCCGCUGGGCCCUGUCCUGCAGCCUGUGCAAGGAGUGCACAGGUACCUGCAUCCAGUGUUCCAUGCCUUCCUGCGUCACGGCAUUUCACGUCACAUGCGCCUUUGACCACAGCUUGGAAAUGCGGACUAUAUUAGCAGACAACGAUGAGGUCAAGUUCAAGUCAUUCUGCCAGGAGCACAGUGAUGGAGGCCCAAGGGGCGAGCCUCCAUCGGAGUCCGUGGAGCCCAGCCAGGCCGGGGAGGACCUGGAGAAGGUGACACUGCGUAAGCAGCGGCUACAGCAGCUGGAGGAAGACUUCUACGAGCUGGUGGAUCCGGCUGAGGUGGCCGAGCGGCUGGACCUGGCUGAGUCCCUGGUUGACUUUAUCUACCAGUACUGGAAGUUGAAGAGGAAAGCCAACUCCAACCAGCCACUACUGACGCCCAAGACGGAUGAGGUGGACAAUUUGGCCCAACAGGAACAAGAUGUCCUGUACCGCCGCCUAAAGCUGUUCACUCACCUGCGGCAGGACCUGGAGAGGGUUAGAAAUCUGUGCUACAUGGUGACAAGACGCGAGAGGACGAAACAGGCCAUCUGCAAGCUCCAGGAGCAGAUAUUCCACCUGCAGAUGAAGGUCGUCGAGCAGGAUUUGUCUCGAGAGCAGUCCGGAAAGAGAGCGAAGGGUAAGAAGAGCGACUCUAAGAGGAAAGGCCGCGAGGGUCCUAAGGGCAGCAGCCCUGAGAAGAAGGAGAAAGUGAAGGCUGGGCCUGACUCAGUUCUGGGGCAGCUGGGCUUAUCCACCUCAUUCCCCAUCGACGGCACCUUCUUCAACAGCUGGCUGGCACAAUCAGUCCAGAUCACAGCAGAAGACAUGGCCAUGAGCGAAUGGUCACUCAACAAUGGGCACCACGAAGACCCUGCUCCGGGGCUGCUGUCAGAGGAACUCCUGCAAGACGAGGAGACCCUGCUCAGCUUCAUGAGGGACCCCUCGCUGCGACCUGGUGACCCUGCCCGGAAGGCUCGAGGCCGUACCCGUCUCCCCUCUAAGAAGAAACCCCCCCCACUGAAGGAGGGGCCUGGUUCACUGACCACUUCAGACAAGCACCCGAAGAAGCCCUGGAGCCAGGAUGCAAGCAAUGGCAAGGGCGGGCAAGGGCCUCCCCCGACCAGGAAACCACCACGGCGGAUAUCUGCCCACUUACCGUCCAGCCCUACAGCUGGGGACUGUCCUGUCCCAGCAGUCCCGGAAAGCCCCCCACCACUGGCCCCGGGGACUCCAGAUGAGGCAGCCCCAACAGCUGCUGACUCGAAUGUCCAAGUGCCUGGCCCUAUGGUGAGCCCCAAGUCCUUGGGCCGGCUGCGGCCACCCCGUGAGAGCAAGGUCACUCGGCGAUCACUGGGUGCCAGGCCCGAUUCUGGGACAGGACCACCUACCCCUGUGGCUGAGAGGCCGAAGGUCAGCCUGCAUUUUGACACCGAGGCUGAUGGCUACUUCUCUGACGGGGAAUUGAGCGACUCGGACAUAGAAGCAGAGGACAGUGGUGUACAGCAGGGAUCCAGGGAGGCAGGGGCUGAGGAGGUAGUCCGUAUGGGGGUACUCGCCUCCUAACUUACCCAUACCCCGGGCCCUGCCCUCGACCCCUAUAAGGCCUCAGCCCGAUUACAACUGCCAUUUCCAACUGCUGAGUGUCCCAGACUCCCUGACGCUGCCACUCUAUUGUGGUUUUAUUUUUAAUAUAGAGAGAGUUUUGAAUUCCACACUGUUGUCUUUCCUCUGUGCUGGCCUAGGACAUUAGGAUUUCUUCCAUGGCUCUGGUCACAGGGACUGUGCCAGGCCUUGUACCACCCCUGUCCUGGCCCAUGAAGCAUUGCUGGGCUUCUGGCUAGGUGUAGGUAAGGUGAGGAAGAGCUCAGGACUCCUGCCCGCUGCCACUAGGUGACACAGACUCGUUUGGGCAUUAUUUUAUGGCAGAUGGGCCUGCCCCGCCUUGCCCCCAAAUUGUACUGGGGCCUACUUUUUUUGUUUUUGUUUUUUUUUUCUUUGGAGGGGGUCCUGCUGCACUCUACUGAUCCCCAAGGAAGUAUAAUAAGUGUACCAGAGUCUACUCACUGUAAACAAGCACAAUGAGUUUAUAUGAGAAAACACUGAGGGGGUGCAGGGGGCCCAACUGGUUCCUGACCAACCCAUAUCAUCGUAAGGCCUGCCCCACCCCUUGCCACCCUCCCCUUCUUGCUGCUUUACCCCUGCCAGUGCCCAGCCCAGCGGCUCUGGGAAGGGAUGUCCCAAAAUCCUUCCUUUAGCUGUUGCCAUUUACUCAGGGGACUCCCCCAAACAGCCAGCCACCAGUGCAGGUGGAGGGCUCCUAGUGAGGCCCAGUGCCCAGCCAGGGCCGGGGAUGUGGGGCUCAGACCAGCCCACUGCAGAGAAUUACUCUGGGGGCUCCAACUUCCUUCCUUCCUUCGGGGCAGCCUCCGCUGAAGUCUGAUGACUCCUCUCUGGAGUUGGCCAGACCAGACCAUUGCCUUUCCAAAUUACCUAGUUCUGUUAAGAGAUGAGCUUCUUCCUCUGUUUCCUUCUGGAAACGUCUCCUUCCAACAAGCAGUGGGAUCCCGGGGCCCAAGGCAGGCCAAUUUUGGCCUGCUGGGGCUAGUUGAAGACUUGCUGGAUGCUCCUAUGUUCCUCCAUCCCUUUGGCGCCUUAACCCCUCUUCCCCACCCCAUCCCCUCCUUCCCCCCUCCCCCCUACUU